UCGGAUUCCCUGGUCCAAGAACCUUAUGAUGAACGCCAGCUGCAUGCUCCUGCCAGAUGGAGGCUUCCCGUCCUGCGUUCGGACCGAAGAAAAGAACCUUUCUGGAUCUGUUUUGGCCCAACUGGGGCAUCGGUGCUGCGACCGCGUGGCGCAGGUGGAGCCGAUUCCCUUUCCUUGUGAAGUGGGAGCUUUCGAUUCCCCGAACUGCUCCGAAGCCUUCGGUUGCGACUUUGGCGCAACGGUGCAAGGCGGCUCCACCAACAACAUUUUCGAUGCGUGGCAGAUCUAUGACACCUGGGAGGAAUGCCAGCAGAGAUGCUGCCAUGACCAGGACUGCUUUGCCGUAUCCUAUGACACAAUCAACAAGUAUUGCAAGAAGCAUUCCGAGCGGCAAGACCACCAACUCACGACUUCGGACACGGAUCUCUAUGCACCCGUGGUGAGCCGCGAGCCCUCCACGGAUGGCUUCAAGCCCUUUCGCGGGCGCGUGGAAUUCCAAGGAAUUCAAGUGGGUGCCUACCCUGGACAUCGCUCAGUCACCUUCUGCAAGGAACGCUGCGCAGCGGAACCGAUGUGCAACCAUAUCAUUUGGCAUGAGACUCGAGGAUGCUUCUUGAGGAGCCAAUGCAUUGAUGACAACAGCAUUCGCGGAGAUGUUUGGAAUGCUGAUGACCAGCACUGGACCUUCUACAAGAUUCAAGGAAGGUGUGCGGACGUGUGGGACUGGUCCGACGCCGACCGGAGCCGUGUUCUUUUCCCCAGCGACCCCUACGGAAGCACGGUCAGCACCAUCACCAACGGCUAUCCUCACCGGCGUCGCCAACGGUAUUCACGGUACAGCAUCGGCAAGCUGACGCGAACUGCAUUUUCUGCCGUCACGGUCCAGGCCCGACUCCUGGAGGAGCUUCCAAGAUUCCGGCGCCUGUCAAGCAACGACCCCUGCGUGGACAAUUGCACCAGCUUUUGCUCCCAGGACACCUCGGACGAGAUCGUUGAGGACUGCCAGUCCGAUUGCUUGUGGACCAACUGUGGCCUGGUUGGCAAUUUCACCAGCACCGUCACACAGACGUCCACCACCACCACGACCUUGCCACCUCCACCGGUGCGCUUGGUGCAACUUUCAGGCGAUCUGUUCAAUGUGGGAGAUUCGCUGCCAUCGGAAGGCCAUGUCGCGGGCCGAGUGGAGGUCUUCUACAAUGGGGAGUGGGGUACUGCUCCUUGGAGAUCGAACAGACAUCGCGAGGCUGCAGCGCAUGCAGGGGUUUGCUCCGAUGGCUUCGACGACGUGGAAGCCACCGUGGUGUGCAACGAGCUGGGUCUAACCAGCGCGGGCCCUGGAGCGAUUUGGAUCGAUGACAUUGACUGCGUAGGCGACGAGUCGCACCUCAGCUUGUGCGCAAAAGCAGACUGGGGCGUGAGCAAUUGCUUCCACUCCGAAGAUGCCAAGGCCACCCUGGCCAAACCGAGGGUUUGGUGUGAAAGCACCUCGACCACGGUGACCACAAGGAGUAGCGGAGUCUUUGAGCGGACGCAGACAACCACCUUGGCGACCACCUCCACCACCACGGCCUUUCCCACGGUCAUGGUCACUCCAAGGAGCGGCUUCCUUCGGCAAGAUCUCACCGGGCGCUGCUUGAGCCCCGCCAGCUGCACUGAAGCAGCAGCCUUGACCGUGCAGGAGGGCGGUCGCCCGUGGGUCGGCGACCCUUGGGUGACGGAAGAAGACGACGUACGGAACCAUGGAAAGCGUGGGCUGCCCGGGCAUGUGGCGGGCCUCAGGAAGGGGGUGGGAGUGGUGGCCACCAAGGUCCUGCGAGAACGUCCCGACCUCGUGUCUGGGCUGCGCUGUGAAGAGCUGCGAAGAGUUCGCUGGAUUUGGCUUCGUCCAGAACCAGUGGAGCGCCAAGUGCUUGGCCCCUUGGUCGGGACCAAGCUGUUUCGGGUUGACAUGGAACGGCACGAGGACUCCAACAGCGACGGCGUGGUGGGAUGGACCGAGUGCGAAUUGGAGGUGAGCUGCAACAAGAAGGGGAUGAAGUUUGAUCCCUUGAACAUGGAUGGCGCAGGCGCCAACGCGGAGCUUCGAAUAGAGAAGACCGAGCAACCCAAAGGUUCUGCGAUCAUGCUCUUCGACAACAACGCCUGGUCUGGACCACCGACCUGUGCAGAGGCGAUCAGCAUGCAGAAGUGGUCCUUCGUGGAGCUUGAUGUGACACAAGCAUCGACCAAGGGCUUGCUGCGCAAUGCGGGCACGAUGAAAUGCAUGGACCCAACAGAUUUGGAUCCGACGAUCUUGGAGCUGCAAUCCUGUAUCACCCAGAUGCCGACCACGGAUCAGCUCUUUCAGCUCUCGGGUGGAGAGCUACGAAACCUCCAAAAUGGGCUUUGUGUGAAUGUGACCGAUGCAGAGGAGGGAUCUGAUCUCUUGCCUGAUCCUACACUAUACAUGACGACCUGCGAUGGAGUGUCUACCUCGAACCUCUUCGCGUUGGACAGCCAAUCACGACUCGUUGUUGCCGGCGACCGGUGUGUGAACUCCACGAGCGGCGACAAUGGGGCGGGCCUGGUGAGCGUGGUGUGCAGCAGCGCGAACGAGACCACGAACAUGACACUUUCCUGGGAGUUUGUGGACACGGCCAUUGUGGCGGAACGCUGUUCACAGAUUUGCCAGCUUCCCACCGAUAUUUGGGACAUUUGGAUGCUUUACAACAACGAUUUGGAUUGCGAGUGCGGGCAUUUGUUCCGCCAAGACUUCCGAUGGAACUACGUCCAAGAAGGCAUCCUGGGAAGUACCGAGCUUUCGGGAUCCUCCCGCUUUGGCCUGCUGUCUCCUCCCGACAUCUCCCUCUUCCGGCUGGAGCAUCCUGUUUCGGUCUUGUCCUCCUUGACACCGGCGUUUCAACCGGGCUUUGUGGAAGUCAACAGCAACAUGAGCUUAGGAAUCUUCUCACCGACUUUGAGUAUUCCGAAAGAGAUUCCAGAGUCAGGAGACGAACCCACGACACCCUUCGGCUUCUCCUACCUCAGUGAGGCACAGCAGCCAUACAUCGACGUCAUCAGCGUGAACGGGAACUCCGAUUGGGUGAACUACACCGUGAACAUGGUGGAAGGCGACAGCGUGGUGAUCCAGAUCCGCAACUUUGAUGGCCUGAUGGAUGCGGACGUGAAGGUGUAUUUGGGUUUGGUCGUUGUACCUACUGUGACCCUCACCGAAACCACAGUGUCUUUCACAGCUCCGCUGACCACGCAUGGAGAGACUGAAAUGAAGAUCAUGGCCGGCUGGAAAGGUUGGGCCGAUUAUGCUCCUUUCCUGGGCACUGGCAUGCAGCAGGAUACACUCAUGAUCCAGUUCGAUAAUCUCAACGAGGUCACGGCAAUCACUCCUGAUGCCGGAUCCAUGCAAGGUGGUGCCCAGGUGACGAUCACUGGACGUGGCUUCAAACUCCCAGGCUUGAGCAAUUCCGUGGUUCUUUACCAUCAUGGUGGAAGCCUCAUCGGCCAGAUGGCAGGCGCGGCGCGGCGCGGGCGUGUGCAACGUGAGCAGCGGCUCUCUGACCAGUACCUCAAGCUGCAAGAAAGGGUGGAUGCCAGGGUGGAUGCCAGGGGGGUGAACGGCCAGACGCUGGACUCGUCGGGGAACGAUUUGCUCUUCACCUACUCCAGGCCGUUGACACCCAUCGUGCUGGAGGUCCUUCCAGAAGUGCCUUGGAUCAGCCAAGAGGUGACCAGCCGCGGCUACGCGGUGGCUCGCAACAGCUCCUACCUUGAUACGCGCUUCGAGAUCCACAGCGUGGAUCCGCCCGUGGGCAGCGAGGAGGGUGGCUCCCGGGUGACGGUGCGGGGCGUGGGCUUUGGCAACAAGCAGCUGACGCCACAGUUGACGAUCGCCGCCCUGGGCACUCUGGGCGACGUGGAGAGCUGGAGCGACACCGAGGCCACGGAGCUGGGGGAGGGAAACCGGACAAGGGGGGACCUGACGGAAGGUGACGGAAAGGUGGUCUUCGUGACGCGGAAACUGACCCUGAACGUGGAGAAAGUGGGAACCACUACGACCACCACCAUGGGGCAAAACUUCACGAUCCGGCGUUUGAAUGUCUUGCCCUCGGAGGACUGCAACCACAAAGCCUUCAGGGCAUACGCCACGCCCAACAUUACGGCGAUCUCAUCCAUCUCCGGCAAUGAGGGAGACAUGAUCACCUUCACUGUGAGCAUGCCCAGUGGCUACAUCGAUGCAGUGAGCAACGCGGUGGUGAGUGUGCACUUCGGCACACACGUUUGCCCCCACAACGUCACGGCCAAGACGGGUGAUGACUUGACGGCGCGCCGGGUGAUGACGGUCGUUGCCGGUCGCAGUGCUGGGUCGUUGCCGGUCGCAGUGGUAAGGGGGCGGAAGAAGGCUGAAAGGCCUCUGGGUCGAAGGGGGUGGGGUUAG